UCGUGUUCUCAAAGAAAACAUGAAAUCUCAUAUAUGAAAUCGUGAAUUAUAAUAGAAACAAGUGAUAUCUAAACGGUGUUAGUGUCUUCAUUUAAGUAUAGUUCGAUAUGUGAGAUAUAUGAAUAAAAUUAUUUCUACGUCGACGGACAGUGACGUGAGUGUCGAUCAGUGCUGAUCCAGGAUCAGAUCUUAUUACGAUCGAUAAAAGGAUUCAAUCGAUUGUGUUCACCAGUUUGAGCGAUCACUAGUUCAAAAGAGAGAACGUACUUUUUCUUAUACGAAGUAAGAAAAAACUGAUGAUCCUGCUCUCAUGACGAAUCCUUCGCGAGAUGUUGUUCGUCCCGAAGAUCGGCCUCCUGGCCUAGAUUAUCCCGAUCCUAGAUCGGUUCGCGGUGAUCAUCAAGGACAUCAAGCGAUUCCAGCGAAUCAAAUCGGUGGAGCGAGAAUACGUAGGACUAGGGCCUCUUCGUCGAGGAGAAGAAUGCACCUAGCUAACGACGUGCCUCCUCAAGGUUCUACUAGUGGUAAUCAUCAUUCCGAUUAUGCACUCACUGCUGAUCUACUCGCUGAAAGGACGUUGGAUGGUUUGCUUGCUGAACAUCCUGGAGAACUCGUGCGAACAGGUUGUCCACACGUGGUAUGCACAGUUCUACCGUCGCAUUGGAGAUCAAACAAGACUCUUCCGGUAGCUUUCAAAGUAGUGGCACUUGGUGAGGUCGGUGACGGCACCUUGGUCACUGUACGGGCGGGCAACGACGAAAACUGUUGCGCGGAGUUACGGAAUUCCACCGCAUUAAUGAAGAAUCAAGUUGCUAAAUUCAACGAUCUUAGAUUCGUCGGUAGAAGUGGUAGAGGGAAGAGCUUUACCCUAACCAUAAUGCUGCAAACAACGCCACCUCAGGUAGCCACCUUAUCGAAAGCGAUCAAGGUCACCGUGGAUGGUCCUAGAGAGCCAAGGUCUAAGACAAGACACCAAGCUUUUCAUCCAUUUCACUUCGGACCUCGACCAUUCCCAUUCGGACACCCACAGGAUCCGUUGGGAUUCAAGCUGUCCGGCUUGCAGCAUAUUAAUCUGGAACAAGGGGCGAGCCAAGGAUGGGGUGGAUUACCUAGAGGAUCUUUACCACCGCAUUGUCUUCCGCCACCACCCAGUCAUCACGCGCACGCACAUCCACCGCCGGCCGGUGGCUCGGCCUUCAACCCCUUUCAUCACGCUAUCGAACAGAGGUCUCCCAGACUGCCUGGUUCCAACACCGAUUCGACGAGGAACGAUUUGGGUCCCAUCAGUGUCUCCGUGAGAGAAGUACCACCGACAACUUCACCAGGAAAUCCUGGACCAGGAUUAUUAACAACAGCUACCGUAGCUGCACCGACACCGCCGGCCGAAUCGGUUACCACUACGACCCCAAGUCCCUCGGGACAUCACCCGCAUUUCCAAGGUCUUCAUCUAUUAGGAGCAACCGGAUCGAUCUUUGGAUCGAUAUUCGCUCCACUGUUACCUCAAUCCUCAUGGCUUUACAACCCGCUUUAUCACACACAACAGUACAUUCUGGAACCUGAAUGGCACGCGUUAGCUCUCAGAAUGGCUCAACAACGAUUACAGAGACCAGAUCAGGCUAGACUCGAAGAACUUCGAAAGUUACGAGGUACAAGUGACAGUCCCGAAGGUAGCUCGAAAGAAGACAGGAAAACGGAUCAAGAGGAUCCAGAUCCUUUGAACAGAUCAGGAAUGGACAGUCCCGAUGGAAGUAUAGAGGUUGAUGAUAGGAACGAUCAAGAUCGAAAGAGAGAUCGGAUUAGCGAGGAAUCGUUUCUUGAACAGGACUCGCCAAGAGUUUCACCGAGCAGAAGCGAUUUGGAGGAUACAACUUCGAGAGACGCGAAUUCUCGAGACGUACCGAUUCUUCUUCGACCUAGUAUGGAAAAUUUCAAUGAUCCCGAGAUUCAGAAUGAUCACGAGGUAUCUAUUGGUAACGAUUACACCGUGAAAAUUCGUUUGGAAGGUACCGUCGAUCUCAGUACGAAGAAGGGUCAGGACAAAGAGAACGUAGGUCAGGAUUUGACCAUCAGGAAGAAGGACGAUAAUAUUGAACCAAUCAGACCGCGAAGGGAACGAAGUCCCAAACCGAGACACGUCUGGAGACCUUAUUAAAAUGGUUCACCAACGUGCAAUCGAUAAGUUUAAGACGUUAAUAUAAUUGGAAUCAUUGAAGGAAGAGAUUCCGAUCGUUACGGAUAAAACGAGUGAUGUCGUCAUUGCUACGAUUAACGAGAUCAAGAUUUCUCGAACGAUAUCAGAAAUAACGUUAUCGUUAUCGUCGAUCGAGUGAUCGUCGUUUUUAAAUCUAAUAAGUACGAGCCGACUUUCAAGUAUUUUAAAUAUUAAUAUAAGUUAAAUGUAAAUAAUAUCAACCUCUCUCUCUUCUGCGAUCGAGAAUCAACAAUCAAAAGAUAUUUAGGAAAUACUUUAAGACUUUAUCGUGGAGAUCACUUCGAUGACUCGAGGACUAACCAGGGUUUUAUGUUCGUAAUAGCAUGUAAAUAUAUGUAACGUCCAAUCAUCAUUAUCGAUAUAGAUUAGAUUUUCAAGUAACAUUCAUUAAGUCUCAUUCUAUCUCGUUGUUCUAAUUAAGAUCGAUCGUUCUUGCUGGACAAUUUCGAAUCGCAAUAAUUUUAUUGUAUUUAAUAAUCAACAUACGCGAGAGGAUUACUUUUAAACGAUGUUUGUCCUGUUCGAAACGAUUAUCUAUUAUUUUACAUCGCGCACGCUCGAUCAUUAUCACUAGGCUAGACUCUGAAUUAAUUAGAAAGAUUGACGAAAUUUGAUUUUAUUCGAUAUGGGCGAUGUUAUCGCGAAUGUUCGUGUCGUUGUAAAUAAUAAAUACUCCUUUAAAGAAAAAUAAAAAAAAAAGGAAAAAAAAGAAGAAAAAAACGAGGAGGAAAAAAGUAAAAAAAAAAAAAGAAAAAAAAAGAAAAUAAGAAAAAUCCCAAGAAUGAAUGAGAAACCGUAUCGGCGUGUUUCACAAAGUCAAAGUUCCCUUAUUUUUACGGGAUAAUCUCUAUCGAUGUGUUGAAACGAUAAACGAAAGCGUAGACCGAUAAUUAUAGUCUUAACGCGUGUCAGUCACGGAUUGUCUUUACAUCGACGUACGCGUGAUAUCGGCCCGAAAAUAAAGAGAACAAUUCACUGUUUAUCUACGUCAUCAAAUAAAGUAAUAUCAUCCGUUCCAUGUCUAGUUCCUUAUUUGAUUUGAUUUAUUAAUCACACACGUUUUCGAUUCUCAAGAUCGAAAAUAAUAGAUCAUUUUUCAGGUAAGUGUCAAUAU